GGUGUUGGAGAAGACCAAAGCAGCGAAGCUUGCGUCUCCUCCGCAAAUUCAUAGACUUACUGAGCCUGUAUCCACAAGAAAGCGGUCGCGAAGGGAAGAUAUCAUUCUCCUAAAAGCGUCCGUCGUCAACGGCUUCAAAUGUCCACCUUGGGACAAGAACCCAGCAGCAUCCGAGUUCCUUCCAGAGAAUGGACAAGGUCUUUUCCAGUGCGUAAACUCAGUCAGGUCUAGAUAUCUCUAACGGGGUCGGUCAGGGACACUCGCGACCUUAGUCUUUCACCUUACCAGCAGCAGUUCUUCCAGGGCUGGGUCCGCGCACACAACGCUGUUCCGCCACCAGCAAUGCAUCCAAAUGGGAGAGAUGGAAUUGGGCCGUUGAUGUCGAGCCCACGCUCAAUCGAUCUUGUGCAGGAUGCGGCAUCCGAUUGCUCUGUAGUGGCUAGUCUCUGUGCAGGGGUUGCUCGAGCUGAGCGUGGCCACGAUCAGAUGCUCCAAGACAAGCUACACCCUUUCGACAAGCAUCUAGGAAAGCCUAUUCCGUCGGCCAACGGCAAGUACAUCGUCCGUCUCAACUUCAACGGUUGCUGGCGGAAGGUCGUGAUCGACGACCGACUGCCGGUCUCCAGCACGCACCGGUUACUUCAUGUCACCGACCGACGUAACUCUGCACUACUAUGGCCAGCAUUGCUUGAAAAAGCAUAUCUGAAAGUCCGCGGCGGGUACGACUUCCCUGGUAGCAACUCGUGUAGCGAUCUAUGGACGUUCACUGGCUGGGUUCCAGAACAAGUGUUUCUCCAGGAGACUGACACGAUUCCCGAUAAGCUCUGGAAGCGAAUCUACACUGCCUUCAUCUAUGGCGAUGUCCUUGUCACUGUUGGCACUGGCAAAAUGUCGACAAGACAGGAGCGUGAACUGGGCUUGGAAGGACAGCACAGCUACGUGGUGCUGGACAUGAAGGAGACAGACCACGACCGCCUACUGCUCAUCAAGAAUCCAUGGGUCGAAGGCAAGGGCUGGAAAGGCCCUCGUCCACCAGCGGCACCUAUUAUGGACAGUUCCACUUCUAGUAGAGGCUCUAAGAACAGCCUGGAAGCCUGCCAUCGAGAUAGCGUACCGACGCUGGAAAAGCCGCACCCGACCACCUUCUGGAUCGGACUCGAGCAGGUCAUACAGCAUUUUGAGAGCUUGUAUCUGAAUUGGAACCCUGGGCUGUUCCACUACCGUCAAGACAUCCAUUUCGACUGGUCGAUCGAGUCCCAGAAGACGCCCGGCAACUGCAUCGUGCAUCAUCCGCAGUUUGCGUUUCUGUCGAAAAAAGCUGGGCCUGUAUGGUUCCUGCUCAGUCGUCACUUCCGAGACGCCCCCUCAGACGCCAAAGAAGAGUCCGACACGUUUAACGAUGGGACAGUCCGCUCUAACUCUCAGAUGAACACACCGGGAGAGCCUCCCAAAGGCUACAUGAGCAUUUAUGUUUGCAAUGGGCAUGGCGAGCGGCUUUACAUCAAGGACACUUAUCUGGAGUCGAGUGACUACGUGUCGACUCCGCAAUGUCUCUUGCGAUGGGAUGCUGACGCCGACUCGAACUACACAGUAGUCAUCGACCAGGAAGAUCUUCCGCCCUCCGCGUACAGCUUCUCGUUGUUCGCGUUCUCCAACUCGCCUAUGGCCUUGGAGCCUGCCGUUCUGAAGUACCCCAUCCAGAAGAUUGAGAAGGGAGCCUGGACUAGACAGAGUGCGGGCGGUAACACCAGCUCCCCAAAAUACUUCGAGAAUCCACAGUACACACUUGAGGUCAAGGAGCGCAGCUCUCUCACAAUCCUGCUUACCAGUUCUGGCCAUGAGCAUCCGUUCCAUAUCAAGCUUGCCCUCGGCCACGGUAAGAGGAUAUAUCGACUGCAGAGCCGAGACGUGCUCGCGGACUCUGGCAACCAUCGUGUUGGGGCUGCUUCUGCAGAGAUCAAAGACCUCCAGCCGGGACUUUACACCAUCAUUUGCUCCACCUUCGAGGCAGGUCAGACUGGCGACUUCACUCUACGGAUAGACAGCAGCAAUGAGGUCAAACUGAAGCAAAUUCCUCGAGAUGGUGCCGGCCUGAAAUCGAUGAAGCUCACGCCUGCUUGCUUUGGGCCCAACAUGCACAAGAUAGCCGCACCACUGCUGCCACAGCGUUUGGCAUCCUACACAAUCGUUGCUCGCUUCCUCAAGGCAACCAGUCCACGGUCAGUCGACCAUGGGAUGCUAGCUCGCAGUCCUCUGCGGUUUAGCGUUGAGCAGGGCCGGGGCCCAGAGCGCAAAUUCCUGAUUGCUAGUGAGCGUGGAGAAUACGCUGACUCGGCGACGGUUCGGUCCGAGAGCGUCCACAUUGAUCCUGCCAUUGUCCACCGUGGCGACUUGUGGCUGGUGCUCGACAGGCUGUCAGGACCUGGAGGUCCAGUGGAGGAGUGGUACGACCUCGAAAUCUUCACAGACAUGCCUGAUGCAUGUUCUAUUGGCGUUUGGCGCGACUGGAGUGACUAGUCCAUGAGACGAAGUCAUGAUUCGGCAUUAUUUGCAUCUCGUGUGGAUGGCGUUCAACAGGCGGUGGGUCAUGU